AUGAAAGUUAUACCUAUGUCUUAUCCAAUGAGUGAAUUAUCAAUAGACUUUGAAAAAAAACUUAACAUAAAAGUGGAAAAAGGAACACAUUAUUAUAGUCAAUCAAAUUCAAUCUGUGAAAGAAGUUUAAGAACAAUUCAAUCAUCUAUUUAUAAACUUGUGGAAAUUACAGGACAAGAAUGGGACAUCUAUCUACCUUUCAUCGCCUACAACUACAUUACCUCAAAUAUAGAAUCACUUCAAUCAACACCAUUUGAACUUAUGUACUACCGAAAGCCACCGUCAUGCUUAGACUUAUUUUUAAAAAAAUUCUACACUAUACUACUAGAAACCAACUCUACGCAUUAUGAAAUAAUGGAAAAGACAAAUAUGGCAAGACAAAUAGCAAGUGAAAACCAUCACCAACAUUGUCUAAACAUAAAUUCAAAAACCAAUAAAAAUAUACCAAAGAUAAAAUCAUAUAGACAAGGUAAAGAAAUUUAUUUAAAAAAUAAAAACAAGGCUUUAAAAUUCGACAUCAACUACAUUGAACCUGUAAAAGUUAUUGAAGAUCUUGGAACUAAAGUUAAAUAUCUAUCUCAAGCUAAUAGAAAACUAAUAGCCAGUAAAUCUAAUGUUCGAUCUUAA